UUGUCAUUGCAUCUUGCAUCGUGAAUAAUGUCAGUCAUUGUCAGUUGCAGUCAUAAGGUAUUUGUUGUGACCUUCGUUUUAGUUUAAUAGCAUUAAUAAACACUUCAACGACAAUAAUAUUUGUCAUUCAUCCUUAUCAAAGGUUACUUCCACGUAUUUAAUAAUUUGUAUGAUAUUUAUUGAUAUUGUAAAAGUAAGAAGAACCGGUAAUAAUUAUUAUUAAUAAUUAAGAAAAUGGCAAGAAUAAUCAUAUUUGGUUGCACUGGAAUGACCGGCAUUUGUGCUGUAGAAGCUGCUGUAAAGAAAGGACUAAAUGUAAAGGCCUUCGUUAGAGAUCCAGCAAGACUACCCGAGCAUUUAAGAAACAGUGUUGAAGUUGUCACAGGAAAUGUCCUGGACUACAAAUCCGUAUUGGAUGGCAUAAAAGGUGUGUCUGGAGUAGUGGUAGCCCUGGGCACAAAUAAUGAUUUGAAACCUACCACUGAUUUGAGCACAGGAUUGCAAAAUAUUAUUAAAGCCAUGAAAGAACUGAAUGUCGACACAAUUUCAGUGUGUCUAUCUGCCUUUUUGUUCUACGAAGCUGGUAAAGUGCCACCAAGAUUCCAGGAUUUAAAUGCUGAGCAUCAACGAAUGUAUGAUGUGCUAAAGGUCUCAGGGCUAAAAUAUAUUGCUGUUUUCCCACCACACAUAGCAGAUGAACCUUUAGGGGAGUAUGUCACAAAACACGAUGCUGUUCCAGGAGCCAGAGUUAUAUCUAAACGCAGCUUGGGAGCAUUUUUAGUUGAUUCCCUCAAUCAACCUGAACAUUACGGACAAGCUGUCGGCAUCAGUAAUAAAACCCAAUAAAAAAUACUUUAUUAAGAGCCAAAGUAAUAAAUGACUGUAUUUUGAAAAUUUUAUUAGUUCCUUGUGAUAAUUUCUAUAAAAUAAAUAGAAUAUUAAAUAAAUUUUAUAUGAACAAAAUUUUAUGGUAGCUAGUUGUUUAUGGUAUAAUUUUAAUGAUUAUAAUAUUUCUUAAAUAAAAUUAUUAAACAUG